AUGGGAGCACGGAAUAUAAGAGCUUCUCUUUCUCCUCUUCACGCUGAGAUAGAAGCUUUAAUUUGGGCAAUGGAAUGCAUGAGAAAUUUGCGUCAGUUUCGGGUCACGUUUGCAACAGAUUGUCUGCAACUGGUGAAGAUGGUGUCUGAACCAGAUGAUUGGCCUGCAUUUGCUAAUAUGUUAGAAGAUAUCAAGACCUUGAAAGAAUCGUUCCACAGCUUGGAGAUCAUUCAUGUACCCCGCACACAAAAUUUGAAGGCCGAUGGCUUAGCACGCAGUGCUAGGAAACAAACGACCUUUGUUGUGCACAUGGAUGCAGAACUACCGUUUUGGUUUACAGAGUCUGUUUGA